AUGAUUUUGUCUUUUCCUUUUCUUCAAGUGCAAUGUCAUGAUAUUGAUCAAGCUCAAAAAAUAUUUUCAUCCGUUAAAAAUAAAACAGUUCAUAUGUAUGGUGCAAUGUUCAAAGGUUAUAUCUCAAAUAAUAUGCCUGAAAAAGUUAUUGAAUUAUUUGAGACAAUAUCAGUAGAAGUAGAUGAAGUGCUCAUUAUUAUAUUAUUUAAUGCUUGCGCCAAACUUUGUAAUAGUCAAGCAAUUAAACUUGGAAGAGAUACACUCAAUCGAUUACCAGUUUCUUUUCUUCGAAAUCCAACCUUAGUUAAUUCAGCUAUUGACAUGUUGAUGAAGUUUGGCGAUGUUAAUCAAGCUGAAAAUCUUUUCGAAAAAAUGCAAAAGAAAACUCUCAUAACUUAUGGAGCAAUGAUGCAGGUUUUAUAUGGAAUUGUGUUUAAGGCAUGUGCUUCAUUAUCGAAUGAAAAAGCUAUUCAAUUUGGAAAGAAGACUUUUCAUGAAAUGCCAAAAAUAUAUCUUAAUCAUAUUAUUUUGGUCACCUCAGCAAUUCAUAUGUUUAUGAAAUUUGAUGAAAUAGAAAUUGCCAAAUAUCUAUUUUCACAAAUUAAGCAACACAGUUCAUAUACAUAUGGUGUAAUGAUCAAUGGUUAUAAAAUCAAUCAAGAACCACAAAAAUGCCUUUCACUUUUCGAACAAAUGAAAAAAGAAAAUAUAACAAUAGAUGAAUCUAUUUCUUUAUCAUUAAUUGGAGCAUGUUCUCAAAUAGGGAUACGUUCAAUUUGUCAAAAUAUUGUUCGUCAAAUACCUCUUUCACAAUCGAAUAUUUAUCUAAACACUGCUUUAAUCGAUAUGUGGGGUAAAUCAGGUGAUAUUAAUCAAGCAAAACAAAUAUUUCAAUCGAUUUCUCAACCUGGUCUUGUUACCUAUACUUCUAUGAUGAAUGCAUAUGCAAGAAAUGGAAUGGGUUAUGAAGCAAUUGAUUUAUAUAAUAAAAUACAUGAAAAUAUUCGUGAUAGAGUAUCACAUAUUUGUGUUUUAAAUGCGUGUUCUCAUUCGGGUCUCAUUGAUCAAGCUCGAAUGAUAUUCAACAAAAUCGAUAAAACAUCAGUAGAAAUUGUUACUGCAAUGAUUGAUUGUCUUAGUCGUAUGGGCAUGUUUGAUCAAGCAGAAAAAUUGGUUGAUGAUUAUCAAAAGUCAAAUUUACCUAAUUUGAUUAUGUAUACAGCCAUGUUAUCAGCUGCUCGAAAUUAUCGUCAUGUUGCUCUAUCAGAAAAAUUGUACAAUCGAAUGAGAUUAUUAUUUCCUGAUGAAAAAUCUCACUUGAUUUCUGCUUCAAUUCUAUUAUCAAACAUUUAUUCAUCUUUGGGCUAUAAUCAAGAAGUAAAAGAAAUACGGCUCGAGCGAAUAAAACAAUUUGGUAAAAAUAUCACAGUUGGUGUAGCAUGGACUGAAGUUAAUGGUCAAGUUGUGAGGUUUCAAGCUCAUGAUCGUUCUCAUCCUCAAUCCGAUGAAAUGUAUGCUGAACUUGUGCGUUUAUCAAAUGAAUUAAAAGAACAUGGCCAUGAAUAUGAUUCAAGUUGGAUUACACGUCCACUUAAAAAUGAGGAAACUAUUGAAUCUGUAUUAUGUGGUCAUUGUGAAAAACUUGCUAUUGCAUUUAAUUUCAUUCAAUAUCCUCGACCAUCAUUUAUUCAGAUAACAAAAAAUCUACGUGUCUGCGGAGAUUGUCAUCGUGCGACGAAACUCAUUGCAAAAAUUCGACAAUGUGAAAUCAUUGUACGUGAUGCUAAUCGUAUUCAUCAUUUUCAUACGAGUGGACAAUGUUCUUGUCAAGAUCAUUUUUAA